AUGUACUACAUCAUAGUGGCACUUCCACGGCUGUUUAUGCUUGACCGUGCCGGACGUCGUCGGCCACCCCGGAACCAGAGUGUGGGGAAGGACGAAGUCACCCAUUUUGCGGUCUGGGGUACGUAG